GCUCAGCGGGGAGCAGCCUGUCACUGACCGGCGGAGCUGCGUGCUUAGCGGGGGGCUUUUUUUCGGUUUGUCCUGGCUGCCGCUGGUGCUUAUGGAUAUCUGUAGCUUAAAGAAGAGACAGUGAGCCAGUAUUUGUGUCAGAAUGGUUUUAAGAAAAAGACUAAAAUGGUGCCUUUGUAGCGGGAGUGAUGCUGCUGGUGCCUUGUAGCUGUAGUGAAAGUUAGCUAAUGAGUAGCAAAACGCUAGCUGACUAGCUAAUGCUAGGCCUUCCGUUUCCUUUGGUUUGUCAGGACACUUUAUUGUUUUAUUCUUCCUUUUGUAAAGCUUUUGGGGCUUUGUAGCUCUUUUGUUUGCUGGCGUUCGCUGAUUUUUUUUCUCCCCUUUGCUCCCUGUGGUGAAUAAGGCACUGAAAUGAAGAGAGUGAACAGCUUUCAGAGGUUCAUGAACAGACGGGCCUCUGCUAACUGCCGCUACCAGCCCACCUGCUAUGAGCAUGCUGCAAACUGCUACACCCAUGCACUCCUCAUUGUGCCGGCCUUCGUGGGCAUGGCGCUGCUGCAUCGUCUGUCAGACGACGGCUGGGAGAGGAUCACUGCCUGGGUGUACGGCAUGGGCCUGUGUGCCCUCUUCCUGGUCUCCACUGUGUUUCAUAUCAUCACCUGGAAGAAGAGCCACAUGAGAUCCAUGGAACACUGUUUCCACAUGUGUGACAGAGUGGUUAUCUAUUUCUUCAUUGCUGCCUCCUACACACCUUGGUUGAAUCUGCGUGAGCUGGGCCCACUAGCAGCACACAUGCGCUGGUUUGUGUGGUUCAUGGCUGCUGCUGGAACCGUUUAUGUCUUCAACUAUCAUGAAAAGUAUAAAGUUGUUGAGCUGGCCUUCUACUUGACAAUGGGUUUUUUCCCUGCAUCAGUCGUGACAUCAAUGAGCAACACAGAGGGCCUUCAGGAGCUGGCCUGCGGCGGACUCAUCUACUGCCUCGGCGUGUUCUUCUUCAAAAGCGAUGGCAUCAUCCCCUUUGCCCACGCCAUCUGGCACGUGUUCGUGGCUCUAGCUGCAGCCGUGCACUACUACGCCAUUUGGAAAUACCUCUAUAAGGCCCCCAGCGCAGACACCCUCCUGCAGUCGUGACCACAGCCGGGGCUGGACGCUGGUUCAGUUCUCCUUCCUCCUCCCCCCCGUGUGUGCGUCUGAGUGCACCGACUCCCUAAAACUGUCCACUGAAGCUGCAACGACAGCCGUAAAAAGUUUACGAAAACACUGACCGUGAAUUGUUUACUGUUUUCUAAUGUGGAGAACAGAUUUUUCAGCUUCUCCCUGAUGAACAAAAGCUACUUUCAAAGCAGUUUUGUACAACUUAAAAGUCCAAAAAAAACCAAACCCUAACAGCAAGGGAGGUUAAUUUUGACUUUUUACAGUGAACCUUGGCACAUUCAUGAGAAAUUUGAUAGUUUUGUAUCGCUUGAAGUGAGUCACAUUCCAUGUUGGAGAUUUUAUUUUAUUUCAGCUGGUGAUUUGAGCACUGUGGGGACAUUAAGUGAGGUGCUAAGAGUCAGCAGCAGGGCUGGGUAUCAUUUGGAGAUUCAGUAUCAAUACCAAAUCAUCUUUUUUUCAGGCUUUACUUUUGAGAAAUAUAAAGAACUGUUCUGAAAGAAAGUAACCAAAGAUUUCAAAUGUUGUCUAACCAAGAACUCUGCAACAGCAAAUUCAUUUUUGGGUAAAAUGUGAUUUAAAUCAGGAGCUAAAGAGUUUAAUUUGACCUGAUAUUUGAUGCCAACUUUUCACCAAAAAGUGUUUCAGGGUUUAUA